AUUUUGCACUUGACUGGCUAUUCACACAAAGCAGGUGUUACCCAGAUGUGGCCAUAGCCAAUCCCAUGAAUGAAGGUGCAUGGUAGGGUGAGGGUCUGUUGCUUUUGGAUGUGACUGAGCUGCUCCUCCCUUUCCCCCCCACCAAUUGACUCCCUAUUUCAACACUUCCAAACUCACUUUCCUCUUUUUUUUUUUGUAAACUUUUGUUUUGCAGAUUAUUUUGUCACCAAGGUAUUAAGCCUGGUACCCAUUAGUUAUUUUUCUGAUCUUCUCCCUCUUCCUACCCUCCAGAAAGCCCCAGUGUGCGUUGUUCCCCUCUGUGUGUCCAUGUGUUCUCGUCAUGUAGCUCCCACUUACAAGUGAGAACAUGUUGGUUUUCUGUUCCCGUGUUAUCUCCACCUUUUCUAAGGAAGCUAUGACAUCCCUGGCCUUUAUGUUGUCUGGUCUUGCUUCACCGUGGCCCCAGAGAGUACCUUCUCUGUCUUUAUAGAGCACACAGAUCCCCACGUGCACCAGAAAGGUCAUUUGAUGUGGGUCAUGUCUGGAGACAGAUUGGCCAACUUGAGACAGUCUGGUAUCUGGUGACACUUCUUCCAGCUUGGGCUGGUCAUUGCCUCCAUCACUCACAUUCAUUUCUACACCCGCAUACUCAAGCCCCCAUUGUGUGCUAUGCUCUCGUCGAUACAGUCCAUGCUUUACAAUGCUUUUUGGCUGCUUCUGGGCCAGUUCUAACCAGACUAAAUGAGGUGUGUGUAGAGAGGGAUGCUAAGGGAGAAAUGGGGUGGGAGUGGGGUAUCUUGUCCAUGGUCCUGGAGCAGUGUAGGUAGUCAGGAUGACCAGGAAGUGUUUGCACUUGGAAUGCGCUUUUCCCAUUCCAAGUUACCUUUGGCCAUGUGAUGUUUCUACUCUUGAUCUCUGGGUCAUCAGAGAGUUGGAGGACUCAGGAGAAGGGUUUAUAGUUGAAGAAGGCCAAUUUCUAGCAAGUCCUUGAUAGCAUAUGACACCCCACUUGGCCUGCUGCAGUCUGGGGACUCUUCUUGUUUUCCUACCAGACGGCCAUCAGCUAAUCUAAUCCCUUCUGAGGGGACUGGUACAGGUGUUGGCUGGCAGUGACUUUAUUUUUUAAAAGAGGACUCAAGGCUUGCUACAGAAUUUGCAACAGAAUUGUACAAGAAUUGCUACAGGUCCAGCUACAGACCUGGCAGGAGGGUCUUGCUUCUCUGUCCGCUUUUCCAGUCUCUCUGCUUUUCUGCAGCUGAACUCUGCUUCACUCUCCCACCCUGGCUUGGCUGUGGGACACCUAGCUGGCAAUGGGCCACCCUGGUAGACAGGACAGUAAUAUUCCCCUCCUUUAUGGCAUUGCGAUUUUCUGAAGUGGGGGACUGAUUUAUCCAGAGUCAGGACUGGAGUCCUGGUGGAUCAAAUCUGUGCUCUCCCAUUGGUCUGUAAAUGUGACUCUCCUUGGCCUAUGGGGCCUGAGAAAAGGAGUGGAGGUGGGCCUUGAAUUCCCCAUGCUCUGCUCUGCUCUGCUGUACCUGAAUGUCCCCCUGCUGUAGAGUGUGCAGGAGGCGUUGGCCUGCUUGUCCAGCUCCAGGAGGCUUCUGAAGGGGAUGAUGGACGAGGAAGGGUGGGACUCACUCUUAUGGCUGCCCAUGUGCCUCCUGGCUCAGCAGCCACCUGGGCCCCCUAGCACCAUAGAACUUUGGUCUCGGGACAAAAAACUCAAGAAUGGGGACAAUCACCUUUGUCUUGUGUCCUGCUCAGAGGGGCAGCACCCCAGCCUGCAGCUGGGAUGGGGUCUGAGAUCUUCUCAGGGCUCUGCCUAGGUGUACCUCUUGGCCCACUUUGCGAAGGGGAGGGACUCUUGGGGACAUGGCUUCUGGUUUUGGCUGACUGGACUCGCAUGGGGGUGCCUGUGGGCCUUGGGGAUGAGAAGAAAUAUGGUGGGCCCAGAGCCUGGGCCUGUGGAGAAAGGGCCGUAGCCACAACGGCUGGAGCUCUUUGUCUAGGAAGUGCCUGAGCGCUCUGUGCAAGGGGUAGGGGCGUAGGGCGCCUGGGGUCCGCCCCUUGGUUCCCUCCCCCCGACGCAGCCUCCGGCCCGCCCGCCAGUCUGGGCUCCCGCACAUCUGGCGAUCCCGCCACAUCUGGGCAGCCGGCGCUGGAGCAUGAACGGCUCUCAGGCGGGCGCGGCGGCUCAGGCCGCCUGGCUGAGCUCCUGCUGUAACCAGUCGGGGUCGCCGCCAGAGCCUCCCGAGGGGCCGCUCGCGGUGCAGGCGGCGGUGCUCGGCGUGCUGUCCCUGCUGGUGCUUUGCGGGGUCCUGUUCCUGGGCGGCGGCCUCCUCCUCCGCGCCCAGGGCCUGACAGCGCUGCUGGCCCGCGAGCAGCGCGCGUCCCGCGAGCCGGAGCCCGGCAGUGCCAGCGGAGAGGACGGCGACGACAACGACGACUCCUAGGCGCCCAGCUGCGCUCGGAGGUCGCGGCCUCCAGGCGGCCCCUGACUCCCAGCGGUCCGGAGCAUGCCCGACGGCUGCUGCGGCUGCUGCGGUCGCAAUCCCUUACCCGAAGCGGCGCGCCCCACACAGAUUCCUGAGCCCUGCAUCAUCUGCCAACCAGAGAGCUCUCCUGCUGCCGCUCUGGGGGUCCCCUGCCACCUUCAGCCCAUUCUUGCUGCAGAUGAAAGACUGGGAGAUACCUGGCUUAUGGUGAGACCUCAACCUGGGAUCCUUGCACCCAGCCGCUGCCUCUGAACUGCUCCACUGGACCUCCGGAAGUGCUCGGUGUGGGCCUAGACUUGGGAGACCUGCACUCCCAGCCCGCUUGGGACCUGCUGCAUGUCCUGGGCACUGAAGUGGUCACACAUCCUGGACGCCUGGUGCAGCAGGUGCUGGCUGUGCCCCCUGCCUUCUGGCCUCUGAGGACAUGAGUGCAGCACCUGUCCUGUCUGGUGUGAGGCAGCAAUGGUCUGACAGUGACCAGCCCCUGCUGCAAGUCAGUGCCUCCCAUUUGCAGGCCUGCAGUGCCCCCACAAUCCAGGAAUGCUGCAUCACUUUCUGUGGCCUGUUAUUACAUAUGCUGGUAAUGCAAGCUUCAGGUCUACAGUCUAUGUCUCCAGCCCUUGACUCUAGGAAUUAAUGGUUUGUUCCCCAACUCUCCUCCAGUUUUACCUGUUUCUAGCAGAUAUAGCAACCCCAGCCCCCGUCCCCUGGCCUCUCCUCGGUGGUGGCUUUUCCCCUUGCACCCUCAGAUCCACAUCUUCCCAGGGUGGGUGUGAAGUGAGGCAGAAAGCCACCCUCACGCCAGCACUCGGCUGCCGCCCUGUGGCCGGUGUGGGCAAGAGCACCGCUUCAUUCAACCAGUCACUGUUGGGGUCUGUCUCAUCAGAGUUCAGCCUGAGCCUUGGCUUUGAGAUGAGAGUGGGUUUCGUGAGCAUGUGCAUGGAAUUCUAGAUUGCAAAGCCUUCCUAAACCUCAGUCUCUUUGUUUAUAAAAUGUAGGUGACAAUAUCAUAGGUUUGUCAUUGAUCAAAUUGGUAACAUGCUUAUUUAUUGAAAAAAGUCUUUCUGCCUAGUAAUCAUCCUGUGGCAUAAUUAUUUUCCCUGAACCUGACCAUCCCUAGAGAGGAGAAGAAGAGAAGAGGAGAGGAGAGAAGAGGUAUAGAACCAGCCCUCUAUUCCUGGGAACACUCGUUUUAUUCUCUUUUCCAUGAGUAUUUACUGAGUGACUGCUCUGUGCCAGGCAUACUCUGGGACGUGUGGAUGAGGAAAUAAACAAGACAGGGCUGGGCGCGAUGGCUCACACCUGUAAUCCCAACACUGUGGGAGGCCGAGGUGGGUGGAUCA